AUGCCUUCGGACAAGAAAACAAAAAAGGACGAGCAGACCAGCCGCAAAGCCGAGGAGGAUACCCGCAAUGAACUGGAGGCCCUCCGAGAGGAGCUUGCGCGGAAGAACGAAGCACUGCAAGCCGCAAUGGCACAGCUGAACGCUGCAGAGACCAAGACGCAACAAGAGCAGCGCCCCAAGGCUCAGAGAAGCAGCCGCAGCAAUCGAAAACUCGUCCGUUGGGAUACAGACAUUGAUAUUCAACUAAUGCUUGCAAUCCACUGCGCCUGCAACGAGAAAGGUACCAAGAUUCCCUGGAAAAAAGUGGCGGAAGAGUUGGGUCCAGAAUUCACGGAGGGAGCAAUUGUGCAGCAUCUGGGGGAGUUACGGAACGAAAGAGAAGAGCUGAACAAGCCCGUUCCUACUAUGCCCAAGCGCGGUGCGGCCAUUCCCACCCGGGUCCAGGAGGAACAUGUCAAGAAAAAACCCACGCCUUCCUCGCCCCCAAGUGCUAGUAAAAGGAAGAGCCGCGACCCUUCCACUGGCCGAGAUUCCGGCGAUGGAUUCUAUGCUUUGGAUAAAAAGCGCCAGCAGACACCUUCUCGAGGGUGA